GCCUCGGGCCCACCCCUCCUGUUGUUGGAUUUCCCUCGCGCCUCUGCCUCUGCCGCUGCCGCCCGAACAUGGCUGCGCGGGUGUGCAGCAUCUCUGCGAGCGCGCUCCGCCGUCCGCCCCUGCGGAGGGGCCCCGGCCCCGGCCACCGCGCCGGAGCCGCACCUGGGGCCGGGCCGAGGGCCUACUCGAAAGAUAGUGAAAGCAGCUGGUUCCGUUCCCUCUUUGUUCACAAAGUGGAUCCCCGGAAGGAUGCCCAUUCUACCCUCCUAUCAAAGAAGGAGACCAGCAAUCUGUACAAGAUUCAAUUUCACAAUGUGAAACCUGAGUGCCUGGAUACCUACAAUAGCCUCACGGAAGCAGUGCUCCCCAAGCUUCAUCUGGACCCGGAUUACCCUUGUGCACUGGUGGGGAACUGGAACACCUGGUAUGGGGAGCAGGACCAGGCCGUACAUUUGUGGCGAUUCUCAGGAGGUUAUCCUGCCCUCAUGGACUGCAUGAACAAACUCAAAAGCAACAAGGAGUACCUGGAAUUCCGGAAGGAGAGGAGUAAGAUGCUGCUGUCGAGGAGAAACCAGCUGCUUUUGGAAUUCAGUUUCUGGAAUGAGCCCCAACCUCGUGAGGGCCCCAACAUUUACGAACUAAGGACUUACAAGCUGAAGCCAGGGACCAUGAUUGAGUGGGGAAACAACUGGGCUCGAGCGAUCAAGUACCGCCAGGAAAACCAAGAAGCCGUGGGGGGCUUCUUUUCCCAGAUUGGAGAGCUCUACGUGGUCCACCAUCUCUGGGCCUAUAAAGAUCUGCAGUCCCGAGAGGAAACUCGAAAUGCAGCCUGGAGGAAGCGGGGCUGGGACGAGAAUGUAUAUUACACAGUCCCCCUGGUACGGAACAUGGAGUCUCGUAUCAUGAUUCCCCUGAAGAUCUCACCCCUCCAGUGAGCCUGCGGACUCCUUCCUCAUUCCCGGAGGGAGCUGUUAGCCAGAAGAGCCCCUCCCCAGGCACUCUCCUUCCCCCCCCCCCAUAAGCUCCUCUCCACCUCAUACCCCAUUUCCCCUGCUCUCCCCCCCCUCCAUCCUCCCAGAUUUUAUGCUUCAUUCUUUCUCCAGGGUCUGACAGACUCCUCAGGGAGGGAGGUCAGGCUGGGCUAGCUAAAAUAGACUAAGACCUAUCUGCUUCUGCCCCCCAUCCACCUUCUCCCCUUCCUGUUCUUUGGUUUCAGGCAGCUAGGUGACUCAGUGGAUGGAGGUUGGGGCUUGAAAUCAGGAAGACCAGAGCUUAAAUCAUGUUUAACUAGCUGGGUAUUUCCCUUCAUCUCUCUGGACUUCAGUUUCCUCAUCUGUAAAAUGGGGCUAAUAAUACCUACCUCACAGGGUUGUUGUGAGGAGCAAACAAGAUAACGUAUGUAAAUGGCUUUGCAGACCUUAAAAGUAGCUAUCAUUCCUCUCAGAUUCUCCUCAUUCUGCCAGUUCUUGGCUUCUGAUUUCCUUUUCCAGGCCUAGCUCAGCUUCUGGCUUCCCUGAUACUCCUGAGCCAAGUCCCUCUCUUUGCUUCUUAACGUGGGCUCUUAAAGGGAUCCGGAGUCAGGCAGAGGACUGACACAGGUCAAGACUGUUGGGAUGGGGGUUUCUCAGAAGAUGGCGGGCUGUAAAAACAUCUCCUUGCCUGAGCCCAAGGGCCCGAUAUAAGCACAGUCUUGUAUUUGUGCCGUUCCUGGCUUCAUGUUCCCGUCUCCAUGUCUCUGGGUUGGGAUUUUAGAUAUUCCUGCAGCCACCGGACUGGCAGGAGAGGAGAUUUCUUUUUUCUUGAAUGGAGCUCCGGGCUGUGUUCUCCCCUCCCCUCUGGCUCUGGAAUGGGGGCUUUGGCCAUCACCUUCAUUCUCUCUCCUCCCUCUUAUAUUCCUCCUUAGUCUACAGUCCUUCCUUCCGUCGGUAUCUUUGCCACCAUGUGGGGACCAUAGCAAUACCUGGGAGGAGCAGGGUUGGGUCCCUGUACCCUACAAUUACGCCAGGACCCAUUCCCCUCUGGGCAGCCUGUACUGAAAAUCACUGACUGACCUAAUUAAAUAUUUAAUAGAAAUGGUGUUUGCUCUUCUUCACUUGCCAGGAAUCUUCCCCCAGCUGCCCCAAGAUUCCAGAGAUAGGAGAGAUUGGAGCUGGUGAAGGGGAGGAACUAAGCAGCUCGGAAAAUGAGGUUGGAACCAAAGGGGCAAGACGGGUUGGAGUUUUUCAGUGAGAUACGUGGGAACAUUGUGGGAGUUAGCCUAUUUCUCCCAAAGGAUCAUAGAGUCUGGGGGAGGGAAGGCCCAGGGAGAGCUCUUCCUGAAGGGCGAUUAUCACUUGGAUGGUUACCUUUUUCUAGAGGGCAGGACUAGGGGGGAGGGGAGAUUCAGGUAAAACUUCUUCCUUACAAUUAGUCUUGAGCUCAAUGUCAAAGUCAAGAACUAACGAUGACUUGUUGGGUAUCACAAUUUGAGUCAGAAAGAUCUCAGCGGCCAGCUGGUCAGUCAAUAGUGGAAAAGGAAUAAUCCACAUUAUAACAUACUUGGUCUCUGCUGGAAGACUUCCCAUGGAUGGGAAACCAGUCGUUUCCAGGCAGUCCAUUCCACUUUAGCGGAACUCUCAAUGUCAGGAAAUCUGUCCUGGGGUCAAAUCUAAACUGGUUUCCCCACAGAGUAUUCCCCUUUCCUUUAGCUCUUCCUAGUUGCAGAGGGGUGUUCUGAUUUAAAUAUAGAGGCAGUGAGGUGGCAAAGGGAUAGUACUUGGAGUCAGGAGGACCUGAAUUCUAAUCCUGCCUUUGACGUUAGCAAAGUGACUUUGGGCAGAUUACAUGCCUCAGUUUCCCUCAUAUGUAAAGUGAGGAUAAUAAUAACACCCAUUUCACAAUGUUUUUGUAAAAUCAAAUGAGGUGACAUGUAAAAUGUUUUACAAACCUGAAAAUACUAUGUAAAUCCCAGCUGUUAUUACCUAUGGAAGGACGUGGACAUGAGUCACCUUGAAUUGAUGAGAUCACAACUGUAUUUGAGGAUGGUUUUUAUUUUGUUUGUCUUUUUACUAAGAAGUAUGACAGGAUUUCGUGGAAAUCAAUUCAUUUACUUUUUAGCUAAAAUUCUACUUAAAGAAACCAACUUGUUUGACUUUUAACUUAGCAAUAAGGAACGGAAAAAUUGAUCCAAUUAGUAUAGCUCCUGUUGAAAAUAAGCUCAAGAGUGAGAGGGAAGGAGAGUUAAAGGUGUGUGUGUGGGGGGAGACAGAGGUAGGGGAUCCAAGUUGGAAGUCUGAAAAGAGGCAGAGAAAACAUCUAGCACCCACAUACCUACUUAAUCUUGCAAAAAACCCCUGAAAUUUAUUCCAGUUUGAAUAAUGAUCAAGACAAUCACUAUAUUUCAAGUAAUCACAAAUGAAAACUACCCAGAUUUUUUAGAACCAGCGGGGAAAAUGACGAUGAAAAGAAUCCACUGAUUACCUCCUCAAAGAAAUCCCAAAAGAAAAUUCCUAGUAAUAAUAUCAUAGCCAAAAUUUCAAGCAUUCAGAAAGAAGUAACAAAGAACCAAAAUCAGGAUCAUACAAGCAUCUAUUAAAGAUCAAAGGAGAGUGUGGAAUCAGUAU